AUAUUUCGAACGUCACCUCGAUCUCUCCACUGAGAAACCUAAUGUGUUGUGCUUAUUCAUCAAUAUUUUAUUAUUCGAAUCGAAUAGGGACCACACGUGACCUGGCCAGCUAUUGUAAAACCCAACGUGAUUACGCACGCUUUAUUUAAAUUUCCAGGUAGCAAUAUUGCGUGCUUUACAAUCGUGCCGAAGUCAACUCAAACAAAACUUUUAUGAAAAAUAUUGUUGACUGUCAGAGCUUACUUAGUAGAAAUCGUUCUGGGACCGACAGUAAAAGCGCAUGACUCGUUGUUGCUAUCAAGUUUAGUUGCGGAAACACACGUAAUUUAAUACUGCUUUUGCCAGUUCAAUGAAGUGCAGGGAUGGCGGAGAGCAUCGUAACAAAAUCUGAGGAUCCUUUCAAUUUCCAACCAAUCACAUGCAGUCAGAUUCAAUACCAGUCACGCCUGGUAUACAAAGCAUUCCAGUACCUCAUCAAACCAUCAUGGCAGUUGGCUAUUGCUGAGGUAUUUCUAUCUGCUAUACCUCUGAUUGCUUUCUUCUUCGUCUCAAAUCUCAGUUAUAAUGACCUGAUAGUAAUCGGAUAUGGCAUGUCAAUUUGCAAUAUGGUUGGAGUUGGUUUCAGUUAUGCUUCUUCUCUCACCUGCGAAGACGAGGUCGAAAAGGAGGAUGAUCUCAAGAAGGCAGUUACUGCGACUCAAAGAGGCUUCCUUUGCACCUUAUGUACCGUGUGUUUGCCAGUUUGGGCAGUGUGGUUGAACGCGGACUCGCUUAUCAAGGGACUUAAACAAGAGCCAGACUUGUCAAGGCGAGUAGAAGAAUACUGUCUCACAUUCAUACCAGCACUCCCAUUAUUUUGCAGUCUGCUGUACCUUCAAAGGUUUAUUUCUCUGACAAAGCGGAAUUCAGAAAGAUUAUUCUUAUGCUGCAACUUUGCAGGAGCCAUUCUCAGCAUUGGCCUCAACGCAAUAUUCGUGAAAGUUUUGAAGCUGGGAGUCAGGGGUGGAGCAAUAGCAACAAUUUUGGCGUAUUUCUGCAUUGCAUUAGUUCUGGUUAUUGUCAUAAUCUGGAACAAAAAGUACAAAGAAGCAUGGCCAGGAUGGAGCUGGGGUUGUUUUCUUGCAUGGGAAAGAUUUGGCCUUAAGUUGCUGCCUUACAUGUUGUGGGUAAUUGCAGAAUGGUGGACGUUGGACGUUGGAAUUUAUGUUGUUGGCACAUUAGAUGCUUUCAAUCGCAGACUUGGUUCGCAGAUCACAAUAUCAUUGGUUAUUCGCUUUCUGUCAAUCAUAGCGGAUAGAUUUGCUGCCGAGGCGUCAGAUCAGAUAAAAGAAGCCGUGGAUGCGAAAUAUAAUCGCCGAGCAGUUUUCCUCGUAAAAUGCUCCGUUUUGAUUAUAUGGGUCAGUUCCUUCUUCUGUGGCUUUUUGCUCAUUUCCUUACCGAAAAUAAUUCCAAGUUCUUUCACCAAUGAUCGGCCAUUUGGACUUUCUGUUACAGAAAUGAUAAUUGUUGUUUCGGCAAUUCCAUUUUUGAAAGGAACACAGGCCCUGGGUUUUCACGUCGUACGAAAGUUAAAAUCAAGAUACUUGAAUGUCAUAAUCGUUUUGAUUGGUAACUGGGUGUUUGGACUUCCGAUCGGCUUGUGCCUCGUAUACCUGCGCAGUUGGGGAAUGAGAGGUUUUUGGGCCGGAUACUCAAUAGGAAUCUUAAUUCAGGCAAUGUUGUUCUUGGUAAUACUCAAAGACUUCAUGCAAGAAUGGACACUGGCAGCUGAAAGGAAGCCAAAAGGACCGCCAACACCAAGUGGAAUCCUUUCAAAUGGCUCUGAUGAAACGGAUGGAGACGGAUCUUUUUAUACGACAUCACUGCUUUUGGGAGAACCGAGGAUCAACCACAAGUUUAACCCCAUGACGGUAAUUGACGAGGAGGACGGGAAAGAAGACAGGCCUUCAACAGUCAGAAUCGCACUAACAGCUUUGGCUAGCUUCUUCUUUUGCGCUAUUCUCAUCGUCGGCAUAGUUAUAAAGGCUGCUGGCAUUGGUCAAUAGAUAUCGCAGAAACCAUGUUUGUAUGGGCGAGAAGAAGGCAAAAAUCUUCUAAUGAAUGAGCCAGCAUUUUCACUGCUAGGGUGAGAGAUGCCUCAUUUCAUUAGAAAAAGCAAAAACAUUCCACUAGUUUGUCUUUCUACCAAGGAAAAGUGAAUCGCGAAGAUUGAUCAGGCCAUUACACCCACAUCGACUGAAGCUCUCCCUAUAAGCUAUAAAUGACGUUUUCUUGUUUAAAUCUAACUACAUUAUUCUGAUAAACAAUGGGCCUCGGUAAUUAGCGUUACAAUCAUUUCAGGUUUUUACCAACUACAGAUUUUUUAGAAAUCUUUAAGUUAACUUUUCAGCAAUGUUUAACACAAUAAUAUCUACUUAUCCUGAACUAACAACACUAAGGUAGCUGAUUUCGUUACUGUGCAAAAUAUACCAAUGACACAAACUGAUACUUCGCCCACGGAUAAACUUUCUAAGGUAGAGCAGCUCAUCAUUUCGGGUAGAAACAAACUUUUGACUGUCGGUUCUUCAGCCCAUGUCGCUUACAGAGGACAUGUCACUAACAGGGCAUGUUAACAAGACAUGUCACUUACACGAAGGGGAAUCGAACUAUUUUUGAAAUUGUCCCACAAAUAUCCCCAGACCGGCCAAUGUUAGAAAAUUAAACAAUACGAUACACUUACCGAAAUAUUUCUUAUUUCUUAUCUUCAAACUUCACCCCUUUAUCUUGCCACCAAUCUUAUGUCUAUGGUCGAAGCACAAAAACCCUUGCAAACAGCAGAUACUGUCAUCAUUCUUAUCUGACUUGCAAACAGAUAAAACUGACAUCAAAGCAGCAUACUCUCGAUGAAUAUUUAAAAAACAGUAGCCAAAGGGGCAGGAACUUGAAGAAAAAACAAAAUUUGUCGCAUUUUUAGUCAUUUUAAUCAUCUCUUCUUAUUAUUCUUAAUCAUAAUCAAAUUUUAUUUUAUUAUCAGGAAAUAUUAUGUUUAAGAUUGCGAAAAUGGUAUUAAAACUAAGAGUUAUUGUUUCUAUUUAUGUAUUAGAUUGUUAAAUAUU